CAAAACUGUUGUGUGUGUCGUAUCAAAAAUAUAAACACAUGUUUUGAUUAACAGUGAAGAUAUUUAGUAUUUCGAAGAACGACAUCAUGUGUGGAAGAUAAAAGACGACAAUGGACAAGAGAGAUGACUUUAACCCAUAUUAUGGGAUAGAAGAAGUUCAGUUCCGCUUUUACACAACAAAAGAUGUCAGGGCGUUGAGUGUGAAGGAAAUAACAAAUGUGGAGACCUUUGACACCCUGAACCAUCCAACAGUUGGGGGACUGUAUGAUCAGGCACUGGGCCCAUCCGAUGAGCAUGAUGUGUGUUUUACCUGUAACCAGCCAUCCUUGCAUUGCCCCGGCCAUAUGGGCCAUAUGGAACUGGCCAUGCCUGUCUUCAACCCUCUUCUAUUUAUGACCAUGCUACAGACACUACGGGCCACAUGUUUCACCUGUCACAGACUGAACGUCGACCCGAUUGCCUGCACACUGUUCCUGGCCGAGAGCCAACUUCUCGAGGCUGGGCUUGUUGCCGAGGCCGCCAUGUUGUCAUAUAGAUUCAGUGAGGAGGAUCGCAGUGAAGAUCGUAGCCAGCAUAAACAUCAAAUUGAAGAAACUGCUAAACAAUGCCUGCAAGGAAAGUCACAAGAACAGGACAAAAACAGUCACAGUUACAAGAAUGUCGAGGCCGUCAGACAGAGCAUUUCCAGCAUCUUCACCAAAGUUCAGAUGCGCAAAAACAAGAAGUGUGCUCACUGCCUCGCCAAGAGAAAAACACUGAGACAUGAGGAUCGCUCAAAAAUUUUCCUGGUCGGAACCCUUGCUGAUGCUCCUAAGGAAAAGGGAAAAACAAAGGUCACGAACAACCAGAAUGGUGACGAUCCUGAAGAUGAUGGCGAUGACGAGGAAGAGGGGGAUAACUCGGACACAGAAGAGCCCGCCAGGAAAAGGAGUAGACCAGAUGUUAUAAAAUCUAAACAGAAAGGAAGCAGCGUGUCGAACAUAAGUAUGAUCACUCCAUUGAAGUUACGGGACCAUUUCCGCAAGGUCUGGUCAGCUGACGGAGUGGUUCUACAGGAGGUCUACCCCGUACUGAAACACUCCGGCCUGGAGUUUCCGACUGACAUCUUCUUUCUGGAGGCAAUUCCUGUGCCACCUACAAAGUUCAGACCAAUCUCAGAGAUGCAUGAUCAGAAGUACGAGCACUCGCAGACAUCGAACCUGCUGGCGAUCCUGAAAGAUAACUCCCUCGUGCGUGACAUUCUAUGGGAGAUGGAGAAAUCCUCUGCAGACACGCAGGUUGGCCCCGGCAGCUUCUCGCGUGAACUGAACAUUAUUCCGGGGAGGACGCUGUAUGAAAAGUUGAGUGCCGCUUUGGCUCGACUACAGAUGAUGAUAAACCGGUUUCACGACAGCGAGGCUGACAAGUCACUUACUCAGGACAGCAAAAAAAAUAUUGGCAUUAAACAGGUGCUUGAGAAGAAGUCUGGUUUGUUUCGCAAGCACAUGAUGGGUAAACGUGUGAACUUUGCAGCACGUUCAGUUAUCUCCCCUGAUCCAAAUAUCAACACAAAUGAAAUUGGUAUUCCCCUCGUGUUUGCCAAGGUGCUCACGUACCCUCAGCCCGUCACUCCCUGGAAUGUCCAUGAACUGAGACAGGCGGUCAUCAAUGGGCCCAGCAUCUACCCUGGUGCGACCCACAUCGUCGAGGAGAAUGGGCGUGUGACCCUACUGAAAGGGAACCAGCCAAUCCAGCGCCAGGCUCUUGCUAACUCCCUCCUUACACCAAGUCAGGUUGACGUCUCCAAACCCAUCAAUGGAACAAAGAAGGUGUUGAGACAUUUAAAGAAUGGGGAUGUGUUGCUGCUAAACAGACAGCCCACGCUUCACAGGCCCAGUAUACAGGCACAUAAGGCUCGAGUUUUGAGUGGAGAAAAAACAUUGCGUCUUCACUAUGCCAACUGCAAGGCGUACAAUGUAGACUUUGAUGGGGAUGAGAUGAACGCCCAUGAACGGCAAACAAGAUCGCCAGGGCCGAAGCCUACAAUAUUGUGAGUACAGACUUUCAGUACCUGGUACACAAGGACGGUACGCCGCUGGCGGGACUCAUCCAGGAUCACAUGGUGUCCGGGGUUACCCUUACAAUCAGGGGCAGGUUCAUUUCAAGGAUCGUAAGUUUGUGCAGGCUAUCGGGGAAUUUCAAUGAGAUAGCACUGACCAAGUAAAGCAACAAUACAGAGGUGGAGGAAUUUUUUCCAGGAUUUCUGUGGCCUUAUAGCUAAGUAAACUUGGCGGUGGGCCAAAUUUAUACCAUCUUUGGAAACUCCAGUCUAAGGCUGAUAGGGAAGAGUUUUGUCACAAUUGCCCUCGCCCUGAAAACACUUAUUUCACACUUGGAUCAGGUAAGCGAUACAGGGCCUUCAGGGCCCUCUUGUUUAUAAUUUGAGUUGUGUCUUGUAUAUUGUUAUCCGAAUGGCUCUGUAAUGGUUUGCACUCCUGACUGUUUGGCACAAAAAUACAGCAUCGUAGGACGAGUUUCAUUAAAAUGAACUUUGUCCUCUCUUGGAUGUUUUUUUAAUCACGGACGUAUUGUAUGCGCUGUUGUUAUAGUUGUUUUUGUCAAUGUAAACAAAUUGCGCUGUCAAGAUUUUACUCGAACAUCUUGGUACUUUAAUUUAAGGCCAUGCCCACUGUCGGCACAGUUGAUCGGUGUUUUGUAUGUCAAUCUUUCAUUGAUUUUUAGUUCAUGAGCUUGAGUGGUUACAUUUUUAAUUCUCCCAAUUUGAAAUGUUCAUGCUUUUGACAUAUGGCUUUAAAACUUUGCAUGCUUGUUCACCAUCAUGCCCCCAUUCUGUAUGCAGGAGCAGGUCACUGUAUCGAGCAUUUUGACAGAAUUAUGCCCCUUUUUCGACUUAGAAUUUACAUUAAAGUUUGCAUACCACCUCAAAUAUUUUCCAAUUCAAUUUAUGUAAAUAUCUCAGCACAUCAUGUAUUGCAUUGAAAUCUAAUCAAACAGUGAUCCAUGCAUGUUUCGCCAAAACGUUUCAAUCCAAUACACCGAAAAGCGGCGGAAUAGUCGAGCGCGCUGUCUCUGUGACAGCUCUUGUUAAUUCUUCCAAUUUGAAGUGUUCAUGCUUUAAAAUUCCCAAAAUGAAAAGGCCAGGGCCAUGUUUCAAUAGAAUAUCAUAUUUGUAAAUCUGACGCAGCUAAGAUUGCUAUGGUACAUCGAUAAAAUUACGGGCAGAAUCUAUGCGCUAAAUGUCCUUAUGGUAUUUGUAUUGAAACAAUUUUAUAAAAAUGAGAUUACACUUGGAUAUUUAAAACAAAUUUUAUUGGCAAUAUUUGUGUGCUUUUUAAACAGUGGAAUUUGUGGCCACGUAGCUAAUAAAUAAAAGGAACUAUAAUGAUGUAUAUAGACCAAUACUUUUUGUUUGUACACAACUUAUAUGCUUUAGUUUGUUUUGAUCAUUUAGUCAAAAAUGAGUUCAAAUGAUAAUGCAUUUAAAUAAAGAUAUAAGUUGACAUCACCCUAUAUUGUGCAACUUAAAGCUGCACUCUCACAGAUUGAACGUUUUUGGCAACUUUUUUAUUAUUUUGUCUUGGAACAAUUUAUGCGAAAAUCCAUGGAAACCAGUAACUAGCAUAUAAGACUGCUGACAAAAGAUCAGCGAAUUUUUAUAUUUAAGUUCAAAAAUGGAUGUAUUAUGCAUUUUUCUUAAACCAUUAGCCAUAAAACAUUAAUUUUGUAACUGAAAUAUGAAAAUCUACAAAGUGAUUUUUUGUCAUUAAUCUUAUAUCAUUGGUUUGCAGAUAUUUAUGCAAAAAUUUGCUCUUUCCAAGACAAAAAAUAAAUAAGUUGUUAAAAUGGUCAAUCUGUGAUAGUGCAGCUUAAAGCGAUGCAAUAUUUUUUAAACAUGACCCUCAGGCCCUGGCCUCAUAUUAUUUUUGUUCUGAAAAAGCCCUGAGGCAAUUAAAUAGGAAAUGUUGUUGAUGUAAGAGGCUAAAACUUACCAUUAUAAGACCAUCCAGCAGAAAUCAUUUUAGGUUCAUUGAAUGUGUUUACAAUUCUUGUUCUUAACCAAAGAUCAUUAAAGAACCUGCAUAAUUAAAUACUAUUACACUAUUGUUUUCGAAUCUAAAUAAACUGUCUUUUCUAUUCUAUUUUGUUAUUAAUGGGUUAAAAUCACUGUUCUCUCUCAGGAUUUAUUUUAGGAAUGUCAGACUGAACGUGGAGGUCUAGGGAGGGGACCUGACCCUGUUCUCUCCCUUUUUUUAGUAUUUCAUUCAAUGAAGUCGCAAUUUGACAUAUAGUAUAAGAUCUCUUAAGUUAAAAUGUGUAAGAAAAUGCCACUCAAAAAGAAAAGAAAACAUAAAGAUUGCAAAGUUGAUGAAAUUUAAUGUCUUCAAAUAAUAGUUGCAUCAUUCGUACAUCAUAAACAUGUACAGGUGAAACAAAGUCAAUACAUCAAAAACCACAUGUCAUGGUUACAUUCUGAGGGAGUCAAAUAUUCUUAAAAUCUUGUUCUCAAAGUGGCAAAUUCACAUAUCUUACACUGACUAUAUUAAGAAAGACAUGUACUAGUAUUUUUUACAUCAUUAAAGCAUAAAAUGUUAAAUUAAUUGCAGGUGACCAUUUUAACAAACCCGGGAGACAAAGUUUCAGGAGGGGGUACCUCUGGAUCCAGUAUCCCGCAUAAGACCUCUGCUCCUGGCCCUGUCCAGACCCGGACCCAGAGGGGUGGGGCUGACCUUGCCGUCCACAGCAGCACGGACCCCCGCCAGCCCACCGCCCAGGAUGAGGCUAAGAUGCAGGACAUACUGGCAGACCCUGAAAUCAGGGACAUCUUAGUUGAUACGAAGAUACAACAACUGUUUGAGACUAUGAGGAACGACCCUGGAAGUGCACAAAGGGAUAUCAGCUGCACAUGGGCAAGAUGGAAACGGUGAUGUUUAUUCUCCUGGGGAUUCUGUAUCAACUUAAUGCCAACGUUAUCUUAUCGG